CAGCGGCUCAGUUGCUCGCGCGCGUCACGUCGGAAAGGACGUGUUUUUUUUUGGUACUUGACAUAUAAAUACUUGUUAAUUCUUACUGACAAUAACGAUUUUUCGUAAAUAUACAUUUUUAAUUGUGCAUCGGAAGAAUUUUACGAGGGAGCCAUGUACGGAGGUUUGAGACUGUCUUCACUGGGUCACGUGCUGAUAGCCACUACCGCCAUCUUCUUCGUGAUCGUCACAAGCACCGACGAAUCCUCAGCGUACGAGACUGUUCACACAAGCAACGCGGCGAUACUAAAUCGUCUUGGGCUGACACCCCUGCGGUUUUCUGAUGGUCAUCACAAGAAAAGACUGGCCGGACCCGAGCCGCCAUUGAACGACCAACAAGCACGUAUUCAUCAGCAGUACAGCCGUCGUCACGGGCAUCGGGACAGUCACGUCUAUAUCGUGAAGCUUCCGCCAAGUCAGCCCUACUACGCUCUUACGAAACCGCACAAGUCAACCAAGGAUGACAAGGUCCAUGCCGGCACCAUGGUCCAAGUGACAAAGAGCGUCUCAGGCCCAUCGGUCGGUUUUCACGGUAACGGCAAGCCGGCGCGAAUUUAUCAUUGGAAUUUGCCCUUGGUCAAGAAGAUCGCCGAUAAGAAGCGCCUGCUGUCGCAGGAACGUCUGAAUCAGCUGAAGAAGAGGAUCCAGCUGGAGAACGAGUCACGUAAUUCGAUUAACGAUAAGGGACAGGACGCCGGUUGGAAGACCACGGGAAAGACUGAACUUCCGGUUCGUCCGAAGUAUCAUGAAAAUGAUCUGAGCUAUUUGGACGCUGUUAAUCCAGCCGAGAAGCACGGUAGGAACAACGACAAGAGACUGAGCUAUCUGAGCGACGAUAACGCCAGGAAGAGGGACGACGCCAUCUUGAGGAAUUCUACGAAAAUGUUCAGAGUCGAGGACUCGAUGGUCUACAGGCUUGGCUCUCAUGAGAACGAACGACUCGGCUGGAACCUGUCGAACGAACUUCAUGGAUCGCGUAACACGGCUGGACUUAAUGUUCCUCAGAAGGUGAAGAAGCACCGGAAGAAGGCGGCCACGUCGUAUUACGCACCGAUAACCUCCAAAAGUGGCGCCACCGGUAUACGCAAGAAUUUUUCGGGAAACGGAAAGCCCAAGGCCUUCUACGUUAUGGAGAAAAGUCGCAAGCCUGUCUAUUAUCAUCCGCUGUUACCUUAAUGUGCAGGAGGAAGCGUUGUCGGACACUUACUGAAGAAGCAAGGAAGCGGAGCUGGAUCGACGAGAGGAUAACGGCCCGAUAGGAAUCGGAGGCGGGAAAUUCAAAAUGACAUCCAAAAUAAUCCUAGGGGGGGAUAAUAAACGUAUUUUAUUAAUAUAUCUCGACGUCGUUCGUUGAUCACGAGCUGUUUUAUUAGGUUAGGUUCGAUCGACAGAUCGAACGUAAGAUUUAAGCGUAAUUUACAAGGGGAUUCCCCGGACGAGGGGGAAGAGAAAAAAUAUGACUGUCGGAAUGAAUGGAAAUAUUUCUAUGUUGCGUGAAUGUUUAAAAUAAUAUUCGUACUUGUCUUUCUUUCAAAAAUUUUUCUUAACUUUUCUACACUCCGAUACUUUCGUAUAUUACUUCUUAGUCUCGCUAUUUUAAUGACAAUAUCGACAAUUACUGUAUGAUAUAUUAUAUACGUAUUUUUUUUGUACACCCGCCCUUCGUCGGAUGGGCCGGGUUAGUUGGCUAAGGGUCCUCGUAACUAUAUAAUUUUUGGGACUAUAUUCGCGCUAUCGAUUGGCAACUGUACACGUGGUAUCGCGAUUGGCUCGAAAAAUCGUGUGUUCUUUAAUCGUACGAUUACGAUUAACGAAUCGUUGCAAGUUGAGAACCCCUGCUCGAUUAUAAGGACACACAUUUUUUUUACUGUCUACGCCGCCUCAGCGCGAGGUUAUAUUUUAUAGGAAGACUUGGACAAUACUUUUCCAUGAAAUGUACAUGCCUUUUUCCUACGACGUAUUUUCUACGUAUGGAAUCCUUUUGCUAUGGAUAUAUGAAAAAGAUAAACCUAUAUAUGUAUAUAUAUACACAUAAAAUUAAAAAAUUUGUUUUAUUCGUAAAACACUAAAUUCGUAAUGAUUAAGAGAGCCUUCGACGUCGUUCGGAGCAUCUCUUUUUUCCAGCAUCCUUUUGGGGAUGAGCACCCACGGUAAAUCCGUUGGCGUAUUUAAGAUAAGCAUCGAGAAAAACAUAAGACCGGCAGAAGGCCCGCAUGUUUCGGUAAUUGUCAGCGAGGAGGUACGAAAUCGUUAGAAAGAAGAAAAAAAAUUUAAGAUAAUUUCAUUGUGCCUCUCGACAAUGAUGGAUCCAUUACCGAUUAUCAACGGGUCGAUAAAAAGGGACUUAAUCAAAUUUUUCACUAUUCUCAUUGGUCUUUUUGUGAAUGCUUCAACGCAAGAGCUCGUUAUCUUUUAGCGUACAGAAAGGGUGAUUGUUAUUCCAGAUGUUAUUUUUUUUUUGAAGAUUUUGAUAAAAAAAAAAUUAUCAGCUACUACAGUCACGGUCAUUUUUGUAACUUCUUAAUAUACCAAGAAGAUGAGAUGCUGUAUUGACCAUGUUAAAAAAGGAGACCGUGGAUGAUAAUAAUUGAAAAAAAAAAAAAAAGAAAAGAGGAAACGUUACCUCGAGAUCAUCUAGACUUAGC